AUGGGCGGGUCGCGGACCGUGACGACUAUCCUUUUGCAUGCUGCCGCCGACCACAGCAAGCACUUCAAGGUGAUUUACGUCGUGGAUGGAGUCAACAAGCGGGCGGAUCUGGCCGUCAAGCAGCUCCGCGAUGCAGGGCUCGAGGUCGAGACCAUCUCGCCCAACAAGAUCGCGUACGUGCUCGGCAACCAGAAGAUGAUCAACCUCGUUCUGGUCGGCAGCGAAGUGGUGAUGCAAAACGGCGGCGUGAUCUCGGGUAUGGGCACCGCGCAGCUGGCGCACUUGACUAAGACGGUCAAGGGCGGUAUCAAGCGGUUUUAUGUGGCCGCUGAGACGCACAAGAUCUGUCGGAAGACGCCCAUUGCGUAUCCGAUGGUCAAUCGUGUUGGUGUCAACCAGAAGGAUAUCAGCAAGUUUGAGAAUAUUGGUGUCGACCCCGAGGGGAUCGAGAACAUGCUGAAGGAGGAUGAGGAAGUUGAUUACACUGAUCCGGAGCUGAUCGAUGGUAUCAUUACUGAGCAAGGGGUAAAGAUGGCGUCGCAGAUUUGGGAGAUGGUGGAUGAUUACAUCUGA